GUUCUCCGUCAGGGUUAUUAUUGUUUGAAUAUUGUAAUUCGCAAAUAGACAAAGAACAAGCAGCGACGCGACGGUUAUUUCAUACGUUAUUGCUUAUUUUUAGUCGGAGCUGUCCAAGAAAUCCCUCUCAAGGAACUCGCCAAGAGUUUUUGACAGCUCAGUCCCGGUUUUUUUCGUGAAAUCUUCCAGGACUGACCAUGGCUGAGACGGCAGCUACACCCUCGUCCAAGCCCAAGAGGGCGAAAAGCUCCAAGAAAGGGACGUCGCAUCCCAAGUACUCAGAGAUGAUCAAAGCGGCCAUCGCCGCCGACCGGAGCCGCGGUGGCGCGUCGCGUCAGUCCAUCCAGAAGUAUGUGAAACACCACUACAAGGUGGGCGACAACGCGGACUCGCAGAUCAAACUCGCUCUGAAGCGGCUGGUGGCCGGCGGUGACCUGCGCCACACCAAGGGCAUCGGCGCGUCGGGCUCCUUCAAACUGGCCAAAGCUGAGGACAUCAAGAAGCCAGAGAAACCCAAACCCGCAGCCGCCAAAGCCAGGAAGCCAGUCAAAGCCGCUGCCAAACCCAAGAAAGCCCCCAAACCAAAGAAAGUGACAAAGUCUCCUGCAAAAACCAAGAAAGCAGCGGAGAAGAAAGUGAAGAAAGCAGCGGAGAAGAAGAAAUCGCCCGUCAAAGCCAAGAAAGUUGUGAAGAAGGCGAAGGUGGCCAAACCUGCCAAGGCGAGCAAAGCCAAGAAGGUGAAAACGGCGAAGCCCAAACCCAAAACAGCGGCCAGGAAAACUGGCAAAAAGAAGUAAACUUGAACUCAAUUCGGAACUCUUGUGUAAAUACACUUUUUGAAGCAAUUCUUUUGGUAAUACUGUUAUUUUUGUAUGGUCUUUGUGCGCGGACUUUAACUGCACAUUUCUACAGCCUGUUUCUUCAGAAACUUUUUUUGUGAGCGCGCAUUGUGAUUCUGUCAAGAAGAUCUUCGACAUCGAAAUGGCUGAACUGUUAUUUAUUUUUUUUUUUGUUUCUGAACUUUUUUGUUUUCUUUAAAACAUGAACUGUGUUGCACACUUUCAUCAUCAUCAUCUUUCAGACAUGCUAAUUAACUUUCCAAUUAGACGUGUCUCUAGAAGAUAUAUUCUUAAUGUAGGUCUUUAUAGGACUGUGAAGAACAAUAAUAAAACGUCCUUGUAUGAAGAACGGUGCCCUAUGACGACGAUGUACAGAAUCGCCUUGUGACGUGGACUGUUGUAGUCUAGCUCCAUUGCUGUCCAUAAUAUAAUACUGUCAUUGUGCGUAACACACACUACUGUGCAUCAAUAAACUCCUUUUUUGCAAACUCA